AUGUCGAUUUUUGGUUUACCGAGACAUAGACUUUAUUGGAGUUCUGCCACCAGAGUUUCACAGGGGGCCGACUCCAUGUCCAGAAAGCGGUGGGAACAAAUAAAGAAAAACCUUCAUUUCAAUAAUAAUGAGAACCUACCAAAAGAUCGAAAUGAUGUCAAUAGAGACAAGCUGUUCAAACUUAGACCCUUCCUGGAUAAUUUACAGCAAAAAUUCGCAAAUCAACAAUAUAAUCCCAAAAAAAACAAUAAAUGGGAGUAUAAAAUUUUUAUUGCAUGCGACAAAGAUGGCCUUAUCCACAAUUUUGAGGUUUACACCGGAAAAAUACUACCAGUACCUGGGAAAGACGACAUAGGGGCAAGUGGAGACAUAGUCCUACGACUAGCAGCAGUUAUUCCCAAGCACAAAAAUCAUUUUUUGUUUUUUGAUAAUUGGUUUACUUCUCUGAAGCUUCUAACUACACUAGACAAAGAUGGAAUCUACAGUUUGGGAACUGUAAGGAAAGAUAGAAUUCAUGGCCUUACGUUUUCAAGCGAUAAUAUUAUGAAAAAAAAGGCCGAGGCACUUACGAGGAAAGAUGUACAAAUAUUUGCGCUGAAAUGGUUUGAUAAUAAAAGGUUCUGUCUGGCGAGCACUUUUUACAGAUCACAUCCUAUUGACAAAGUUGAACGUUUUGUCAGAAAAACAAAAAUAAAUAUCCAACGUCCAAAUAUGGUAAAAGAAUAUAAUCUUUUUAUGGGUGGAGUAGAUUUGCUAGAUGGGCUUAUAUCUCAUUAUAGGAUAACACUAAGAAGUAGAAAAUGGUACUUGAAAAUAUUUUUUCACUUCAUUGACUUGGUUAUAGUUACUGCCUGGAUUCGCUACAAAGCUGAUAUGCAGAUAGCAGGGUUGGGGAAAAAACAUAUAUUAGAUUCCCUUGGUUUUCGCGCUGAAUUUGCUGAGGGAUUAUGA